AUGGCUACCGAAACUCUCCCCGAGCUGAAAAAAGUGCUGCUGAACGAAGACGGACAGACCGCGCUGGCCCUGCGGUUCCGAGCGCUGUUUUCGCUCAAGGACAUGGGUGAAAAGGGCGACAACGGCGCCAUCGAUGUGAUUGCCGAGGGCUUCAAGGACGACUCCGAGCUGCUCAAGCACGAGCUGGCCUACGUUCUGGGCCAGACCAAAAACUUCCACGCAGUCAAGCCUCUGCAGGGAGUGCUGGCCGACACCAACCAGCAGGCCAUGGUGCGACACGAGGCUGCCGAGGCUCUGGGAGCUCUGGGAGACAAGGGCUCCGUGGCCAUGCUGCAGGAGUACUUUGAGAACGACCCUCUGGAGGUGAUUCGAGAGACGUGCGAGCUUGCACUGGAGCGAAUCAAGUGGGAGAACUCGGAGGCUGCCAAGACGGAGACUCUGCAAAAGUCUGCCUACACCUCCAUUGACCCUGCUCCUCCUCUGCCCACCGACCAGGCCGAGGGCUCCGAUAAGGCCACCGUGGAGAAGCUGCAGAAGACCCUGAUGGACAAGUCGCAGAGCCUGUUCCACCGGUACAGAGCCAUGUUCCGUCUGCGAGACAUUGGAACCGAAGACGCUGUUCUGGCACUUGCUACCGGCUUCGAUGACUCCUCUGCUCUUUUCCGACAUGAGAUUGCCUACGUGUUUGGCCAGAUGAGCGAUCCUGCCUCCGUUCCUGCUCUCAUCAAGGUACUUGGCAAGACCGAGGAGGAGGGAAUGGUCCGACACGAGGCCGCUGAGGCUCUGGGCUCCAUUGCCACCGACGACGUGCUGCCCAUUCUCAAGAAGUUUGCCGAGGACAAGGACCAGGUGGUCCGAGAGUCUGCCAUUGUCGCUCUGGACAUGUACGAGUACGAAAACUCCAACGAGGUCGAGUACGCUCACUAG